AUGGAUAGUUGUUUUUCCUCGAAUUUGAGAGUUCUAUCUUUUGAAGCAUUGCGUUACCGCUCAUAUUCAGAAUUAAAACAACAUGGAAAUUAUAUCAUAAAUGAAACUGCCGAAUUAAAAACAGAGACUAAUAAAGACAAAUUUAGAACAAAAUGCAUAAAUCUAGCUAAUUUCAUAAUUAAUCUAAAUCCCAAAACACAAUAUAUUGAUAUAAAUAAAUGGAAAGGAGCACUAAGAACUUUUUAUGGUUCGCAAUACACAGAAAUAAGUAAGAAAUAUGGAGGAUGCCCUAUGAUUUUAGAGGAAGAAAAUAAAAAUAUUUUAAUAUUAAAAUAUGAUGCAGAAGAUUUUUGUGACGAAAAAGAAAAAAAAAAACCAAAAUGCGUUAAGAGUGCUGAUUUUAGUUUAAAGAAAUGUGAUAUUAGUUGUUUCAAUAAAAUUCGUGAUUACAAUGCAUGGAUUAAAAAUAGGAAGGAUCAUUUUAUGAACAAUAAAGAAUUCAUUUAUAAAAAAUGCAAAAAAAACAAUCCAUUAUUACCAUUUCCAAAUAAUUCUUGCAACGUAAGUAAACCAGAAACAUUUGAAGCACUUCCUGAGUGCGAGUACUCGGACCCACCUAUAGAUCAUACAGCUGUACAACAAAAUAAAGAGCAACAUCCAGAUGUAUCUCAUGAUUUAACUAUAAAUCAAGAUCAAGAUUCAUUAAAAUCUUCAUUGCAAAUACAAAAUUUAACUAUACAACAAUCUGAAUCUUCAUCAGAUCAUCAAGGAGAAGAUCAAAAAUCAUUAUCUGCCACACCAAAUAUGGAAAAGCAAUCUGAUGCUGCAGAAUCAGUACAAACCGAAACUACAAGUUUUAUACCAAAUUCCGACAUUUUACCUUCCGAAGCAGGCAAAGAAACUACAACUAGAUUUGAUAACGAAAUCAUAAAGUUACCCCCAGUUCAAGGUCAUAUUCCAUCAUCUCUUGAAGAAUUGGAACCUGUCUCUAGUUAUAUUAUCCCCCCUACACACAUUAAAAAGACAGGUACGGAAGAAAAUAUUCAUAGCCAAAGCAUAUCAUCUAUUCUAAUAAGCUUUAUGAUUAUUAUUGUAUUUACCUUUUUUAUUGAAUACGCUUUAAUAGGAUUAUUAAAAAAAAAAAAAAGUAUAAAAAGUAGACAAGUGAAAUUACUGAAAAUUCUACUACCUUCAUUUACUGACAAAAAAAGUAAAUUAUUAACGCAUGAUCAUCCAGAAGAUAUAAUAUAUGAUGAGGAACAAAUCAUUAAAAAAUUAAAAAUACACGAACAUGACAUGAUAAAAAAUAUAAAGUCGUCAAAGCAAAAAAAGGAUAGAUUUAAAACCAUUAUAGAAGUACAUAUGGAAGUACUCAAAGAAUUCAGAAAUGAAGAAUGGGAACACAAAAAAGGAGAAUUUUUAGAGUUAUGCCUAGAAAUGUUCGCAGAAGAGGAAUAUAGAACAUAUCCUAAUUUGAGUAAUGGAGAACUGAUAAUGGAAAAUACUAAAAGUAUUAAUGACAUUGAAAAACAAAAAAUUUUAUGCAAUAAAUGGAUAAAAGAACAUAGAAAUAUUUCUGAAAAAUUAAAAAAAACAGUAUGGUUUAAUUAUUUGAAAAAUGAAUGGAAAAAAGAAAAAGCUUCCAUAAAAGAAACUGAAGAAUUAAAAAUGAAUUUUUCAAUUGAAAUUCAAAAAAUUUCAUUUUCAGAAAAAGAAAAGGAUUUAUGGAGAGAGUGGAUAUCAAAAAAUCGUAUGAUUAUAGAUCGAUUCUUGGAACAGGAAUGGGAUGAAGUAUUGACACAAGAAUUGCUCAAUAUGAUAGAUGAGUGUGUAAAUGAAGAAUUAAAAAAUAAUAUUUCACUUCUAAAUACCAAAGAGGUACAGCAGAAGGUAAGUUAUGAAGAAUUAUAUAAAUAUAUAAAAAAAAAAUUAAUAGCAAAAUUGUGUAUACUAGUAUUCAUGAUGGUAUUGGAAGAAUGUAAAAAAGAAGAUUUUAUAGAAAAUGAGGGAUUACAUUUGGAUAGUUACAUAAAUGACUGGACAACAGAAGUAAACUUAGGGAGAAAAUCAGAUGUUACAAAAGAAAUAAUUGAAUAUAAUAGCAAUGUUUUAGAAAAUACAGAAAAUACAAAAAUUCCUGCUUAUACAGGGGGGGAAGGUCUUAGACAGGAAAUAGAAAAAUGGGUAAGAAUAGAAGAUACACCGGAGAAUUCCAUAUAUAACGAGAACAUAGUAGAAUAA